ACCUGGGACAGCACCGUCGACGCCGCACUAUCAUCAUUAUUCCCCACGGAUGUGUCCUCCGCCAGACGAGCUCACGGCUACUGUUCUGGCUGCUAUACAAACUUUGCCGGCGCCUCGAAAAGCGAGCUGGUUGCUCGAGCAUGCGUUGGAGAUGAUCGAGAGUGGACGAUACGGAGAAGACGUCGAGCGGUAUCUGGAUGUGUAUCUCAGAACGCGGGGAGCAUCGGGCGAGGGAGCGGCGAGGGCUUUAGUGGCGAGAGGCAAGGCGCGGAGAGAGGCGGGCCAGAGACUAUUAACGAAUGCUGAACGCGAUUUCCAAGCUGCGUCUAAGGUGGAUCCUUCGAAUCGAGAGGUACAGACACAUCUGCGAGGUCAUAACCUCAUCGCGUUCUCACAUGCCCCCGCCUACAAACGCGUCCCCCCGGAGAUCUGGGAACGCAUAGCACACUUCAUCCCACGUUUCCACCUCCGCACCUGGCUCUCCGUCUCGCCCUUCUAUCGCGACAUCGCAUCGCACGUCAUCUUCCAGACAGUCGAUCUCUAUUUCGGAGAGGACCAGGAGAGUCUGCAUCGUGGGCUGGAUGUAUUUGAUCGGGUGAAGGCGGAUCCGAAGUUUGCGAGGAGGAUAAGGACGUUGAGGUUGCAUUGGGCGUAUGAGGAGGGAGAUAUCUUGGACUUGAUGAGUCGAAUAUUUCGGAAUGCUCUUCCGGACUUCAAGGCUCUUCGAGAGUUUGAGUGGAUCGGAUAUCCAGAGCUGCAGGCAGACAUGGUCAAAACCAUCCUUCACACCCACCCCAAUCUCGACAAACUCGGCCUCAUCGGGUGGCACUUCGACGCCGUCGGCGUCUCCGCCUUCAAACGGCUCAGCAAAUUCACGCUCAGGGCGGAGGACGACGACGGCUUCGCGGACAUGGGCGAGGUCCGCACCGUCCUCGACGCUAACGCGAGCACCCUCACACACCUCACGCUUGGCGCCUACCUCCAACGAAAUCACUCCUGGGACACCGCCUUCCAAUCCACCACCAUCGCGAACCUCACGCACCUCGACCUCGUCGACACGCGGAUCUCGCACUUUGUGCUCUCGCGGAUCGCGCACGCGCCGAGGCUGCAGAGCCUCACUUUGCAUGGGACGUUCGAGCAACCUGGGGCGGCGGCGGUCGUGUUCGGGAGCGAUCAUGUGAUUGAGGGGAGACAUACUUUUUUGCCGUAUUUGGAGGCGUUUAGGUUCGUGCUCGUGGGGCAUGACGAUGAGUUGGCGCUGUGGAGGGCCGUUACGGGAUUUUUGAGGGGUAGGAGAGAGUUGAGGAGGCUGGAUCUCGGGGGGUGUCCGUGGGAGUGGGUGUUGGGAUUGUUGAAGGAGAGGGGGUUGGAGGGGUUGAGGGUGUUGAGGGUUAGGAUACCAGGGUUGUCGGGACAGACUGUGCAGGCGUUGGUGGAGAGUUUGCCGCAGGAGAUGGUCGCGGUGCAUCUGAGUACGGCGGUUUGGGAGAAACCUUUGCACGAAUACGCACAUUACUUCCGACGUUUCACCCAGCUGUCCAUGCUCCACCUCAGCGGUUCCUCAAAACGACGUCCGCAGCCCUCGCUCAUGUCAGACAAAGAAUUCCAAGUUCAAUCCGAUAUCUGGAACUCUUCCGCGCGGAGAAUAGCCAUCGAACUUUCCUCGUUGAACUUUGUGGGCUGGCACGGCGAACACUAUGUCGUCGUGCGUUCUGGGUCUAGCAUAGGGUCGGCGCCAGGGUCAGGAUCGGGGCGCGGGAAGAGUGUAGUGGAGUUGAAGGAACUGCCGGCGAGACGGAGGUUGGAUUGUGGGAAGGGUGUGAAUCUGGGGACGGAGGAUGCGAUGUGGAUGGAGAGAAAGGAUGUGCCGAUAGAUUAUGAGAUGUCGGGGCUGGAGAUGUAGGUUGUUCGUCAGACGUAGUCGGAGCCUUUCUAUCUCGUUUUGUUUGUUAUUCGGUGCUGUCGGCGCACAGAUUAUACCUUGG